AUGCAGCUGUUCGUGACGGUCCCCGAAGCCGACAGCCAGUUCUACUGCACUUCACGCCACAACCAAAACUUGUACUGGAGAAGACUCCGUUUCGAUAACGCUACCAUUCAAAGGAACAGCACAAUGGGUGGCGACGAGCCAGUCGGCUCCAAACCCACAGUGCUGGUCAUCGGCGCCGGAUCGGCAGGGCUCUUGACCGCUCAUGCUCUCCAGAUGAAAGGUGCCAAUGUAACGGUGUUUGAACAAGACGACUCUCUUGAUGCCAGACCUCGAGACUGGAAUUUUGGCAUCUACUGGGCUCAAGUCCCACUCCAAGAAUGUCUUCCAGAACAUCUCGCCAAACAAGUAGAAAAUGCCCAAGUCGACGACUACCGCGCCGGCGAAGACGAAGUAAUGUCCAUCUACAACGGCAAAACAGGUGAACUCCUCCGCGAACUUCCAGCUCCCUACAACAUCCGGCUCGCACGCAAACGCUUCCUCCGCCUCAUAUCCCAAGACCUCAACAUCCAAUGGAACAAAAAGCUCACGCAAAUCUCCUCCGACAACAAACACACCGCAACAGCAACCUUCUCCGAUGGCACCACAGCCUCCGGAAACCUCCUCAUCGGCGCCGAAGGCGCCCAUUCCCUCGUCCGCGAAUACCUCCUCAACUCCCCCUCCCGCGCAGCCCUCCAACCCUCUCCCCUCGUCGCAAGCGUCACAAUGGCCAAACUCCCCUCCCCCGCCGCUGAAAAAUUUAAAUCCCUCUCCCGCCGUCAAUGCAUAAAUUUCCAUCCCUCAGGCUACUUCAACUGGAUCGGGAUCCACGACGCUUACGGCGAUUCUCAACCAGGAGAUUGGACUUUCAUGAUGAUCAUGUCUUGGAUUCCAUCCGACUCAAAUUACGACGUAAAAGAAUUAAAAUCUAGUGAGGAUAUCUUGCAGGAUUUGAAAUCUCGCGCGGAAGAAUUCAGCGAGGAUUUCAAAUUUUUGUGGAAGAGUAUUCCCGAGGGGACGAGAUGUUGGCAUAAUCGGUUGAGUUCUUGGAGUCCGGAGAAGUGGGAUAAUAGAAAUGGGACUGUGACGCUUGUGGGGGAUUCGGCGCAUCCGAUGACUUUUCAUCGCGGCCAAGGUCUCAACAACGCUAUUCUCGAUGUCGGAUUGUUGGCGCAACAAAUUGGUGAGAAAGGUUUCACGGCCGAGGCCAUUGAGGCUUAUGAGCAGGAGAUGAUUCCUCGGGCGCAAGAGGCUGUGAAGACGAGUAAUGAGAAUAGUGAGGGGACACAUGAUUGGGAGAAAUUGAUGCAAAGUCCUCUGAUGAAGAUGGGGCUGAAGCAAAAGUGAAAGGUGAUGUUAGUGGAACUGCGAAUGUG